CUGGCUUCACACUCAUACAACAUCGUGAUGAAGGAAAUCAUGCUUUCUCCUGCACGCUAGCUACGGACUUUACGGAUUUUAACGUUUUUUAUCUCAUCGAAAUGAUCUUGCGUUUAUCCUAGCCGUUCAUGAUGACCACCACGACCGGGAAAGGAUUUUGGGACAUUAGCCCGAUACGAAAAGACGAAGCGGAUAAAGAAAACGAUACUCCUGUUUUGAACCUGAUACAAUUUUCCAAGGCUCCUUUUGUGAGUUUUGGGGCAGUGAAGCUCGGGACGUCCAAAUCUGCAGUUUUACGCAUUGAAAACCCAAAUGAAGAUGUCGAAGCGGAGGUGGUAGUUGAAAAAAUAGCAUCAAGUAAAGGGUUUUCUGUGGAUCAUAACAGGUUUACUAUAGAGGGUGACGGAUCGUUCACUUUGACUAUAACAUGGACUCCAGUUGAAGAGGGUGGCGUUCGGGAGCUCAUUAUAUUCAAUGCCAAUGGAGUCGUCAAACAUCAGGCGGUGCUGCUGGGGCGAGCAGAGGCACCCAAGAAGAAAAAGAAAACUCUUUGGGAUUCUAUCAAGAACAAACCCGCGAUGGGGAAAGUGUCUGGUCCCAGGAUGAAGAGGGCGGAGCCAGCCUUAAAGAUGUCUGCUAACAAGACCUUCCAAGUGUCCAGGAAGCAGCAGUACAAAAGGGACAAACCUCGCAGCCCGCUGGCGUCUCUCAACCAGGAGAAGCCCAAAAGAGAGCGCUCCCUAUCUCAAAAAAGCCCAAAUGAAAAAAAAACGCACUUUUUGGUUGGAACUGCCCAGGAUGACGUCUAUAACAUGCAAGAAAAUUCACCUUUUGUUUGUAUGGUACCGGAAAUGCCAAUUAAAAAAAGGAACAGCCAGGAUUUUUUGAACUUGCCUCAAAAUAAGGACCUCACGAAAAUACUAAACAAAACGCUUUCACCCAUCGGCACGCCAGACAGGUUGAAAAAACUGAUGCCACGAAUAGACCCAGUAGAAAGUCCACUGUUGAGAGCACCUGUUACGGAAAAAGCACUGAAUAAUACACCGACUCUGUCCAUAAAGGAAGCACUUGCCCUUAUAGACUCAGAUUUAAGCCCUAUCAACAGCUCACCCCAAAGCAGCUGCGAAUUCUCAGAUUCACUGGAGUUGAAAAGCGGAAAAUUUGAGACUAAAAUAAACCCACAAACUCCGGAAAUCAACGAACCCAGGCUGACUUUCUUUGUUAGCAAAAAGGUAGUCGUGCAAGAUCUGAAAAUGUUCACUUCCACAACGGUGACCAAAUCCAAGGCGCCAGUUGAGGAGAAUCCUGUGAGCGGAAGGAAAAUAAAGAAAUCAAGACGUAGACUUUUGCAGAAGACUUUGGAGCUGAGCGAUUCCAGCAGUCAGGGGGAAUCUCGCUCUGGAACACCGUCUCUUCCUGUCAUUGAUGCCGAUACCGCAAACGGGAACUCCAAUGAAAAUGUCAACGUACAACUGAGCGAAGGAGUUGACGAUGAGGAAAUGACAAGCAAGCAUCCAGUCUGUACCAGUCCAACUGCUUCGCCAAGUCCUCUGACCUUUCUAAUAACUUCGCCCCAAUCUGAAGAUCAACAUAUUUCGUCUACAAAAAAUUCCUUACACGAGCAACCAAUUUCUGCAUUUACAGUAACUACUCCUCCCAAAGAAACGGCAUUAACGGCAAGACAAGUGCUUCAGUCGACACGCGAUACGAUUCCAAUUAUGUCCGUGCAGCCUCCCGUGUUUAUAGCGUCUUCUCCUGAGCUGUUUCCAAUCCACGUGCCGGGCAAAGGCAAGAAAAGGAAGAGUGAAGAGUUUCUAACGGUCAAGGCCAACGCGAAGGAUGUUGUGAAAUCAGAGCGGGUCAAAAGAAGCAGAGUCCUAACUGUAAAAUGUGAACCGAGUAAAGAGAGGAGACCAGCUGUGCAGAGACAACAGGCCAAACCAGCAGGUUCUGUUCACUCAGUUUCCUCUUUGAAAACAGUCAAGUCAACCGCUCCACUUCAGCAAAAGACUCAAAGCACCAAAUCCACCGCACGCCGUGCUCCAUCUGUGAAGUCGUCUGCACAGAAAUCAAAAAUAGUUGCAGUUGCUCAGUCAAAGCUCACGUUUAUCAAACCUGCUCAAACAGCCAUACCCAGACACCCAAUGCCGUUUGCUGCAAAGAACAUGUUUUUUGACGAGAGGUGGAUUGAAAAACAGGAACGAGGCUUCACCUGGUGGAUAAACUACAUCCUCACUCCAGAUGAUUUUAAAGUCAACACAGAAUCCACUAAAGUGAGCGCUUUAUCUGUGGCGAUGGGCAGCGAGGUGAGCGUCCCCAAAGCCCCGACCAAAGAGGAGAUGUCUUUCAGCACGUACACGGCGAGGAGGAAACUGAACCGCCUUCGCCGUUCAGCCUGCCUCCUGUUCUCCUCUGAGCCUGUGGUCAAAGCCAUUCAGAGGCUGGAGCUGGAGGUGGAGGCCAAGAGGCUGCUGGUGCGCAAAGACCGCCACCUGUGGAAGGACAUAGGUGAACGACAAAAAGUCCUCAACUGGCUUCUGUCUUACAACCCUCUGUGGUUACGGAUCGGGCUGGAGACGAUCUUUGGAGAGCUGAUUUCAUUGGAAAACAAUGGAGACACUUUAGGCCUGGCCAUGUUCAUCCUGCAGCGGCUGCUUUGGAACCCAGACAUUGCUGCUGAGUUCAGGCAUCCCAAAGUGCCCCAUCUGUACAGAGAUGGCCACGAGGAGGCGCUGUCUCGCUUCACUCUGAAGAAGCUGCUGCUGCUCGUCUGUUUCUUGGAUAAAGCCAAAGAGUCUCGCCUCAUCGAACAUGACCCCUGUUUGUUUUGUAUGGACGCUGAGUUCAAGACGAGUAAAGACCUGCUGCUGGCCUUCUCUCGGGACUUCCUGAGUGGAGAGGGCAUCCUCCCCAGACAUCUGGGCUACCUGGGCCUCCCUGUGUCCCACGAGCAGAAACCUCUGGAUGAGUUCAACUUCGCAGUGAAGAACUUGGCUGUGGACCUGAAGUGUGGCAUCCGUCUAGUUCGUGUGAUGGAGCUGCUGGUGCAGGACUGGAGUCUGUCUCUGAAGCUCCGCCUCCCGGCCAUCAGCCGCCUUCAGAAGGUGCACAACGUGGACCUGGCUCUGCAGCUACUCAAGAAGAAGGGUGUGGACCUCAAGGACGAGCACGGAUCUGUGAUCGACUCCCGGGACAUUGUGGACGGCCACAGAGAGAAGACUCUUGCUCUCCUGUGGAAAAUCAUGUUUGCUUUUCACGUGGAGGUGAUUUUGAAUGAGGACCAGCUGAUGGAGGAGAUCGGCUUCUUGAGGAAAACUCUGAAGACCAAGCGGCGCCUGGCGUACCUGAGAACAGACCGUGGACUCAAACCAAGUCCUGCUAAAGACCGGACUCUGUUUGAACACAACAGCUCCAAAAUCAGACUGCUCAUGGACUGGGUGCGAGCUGUGUGUGACUUCUACACUGUGAAGGUGGAGAACUUUACCGUCUCUUUUUCGGACGGUCGUGUGCUGUGUUACCUCAUCCACCACUACCACCCGAGCCUGUUGCCAGUGACCUCCAUCAGCCAGAACACCACCCAGACAGUGGAGAGCUCACCCAGAGGACGCCUCCAGCUGGACUGCUCCAACUCUGACUCAGACUGCUCCUUCGACUCCUCCCCAUCAGCAGCCAAUGACUCCCCAUUCAAAGAACUGCUGGAAAAUGAGAAAAACAAUUUCCGACUGGUCAACAGUGCUGUGUCUUUUCUGGGCGGAGUUCCCGCUAUGAUCAACGUCGCUGACAUGUCCAACACCAUCCCCAAUGAGAAGGUGGUGAUGUCGUACCUGUCUUUCCUGUGCACUCGACUUUUGGACCUGAGGAAUGAGACCAGAGCAGCUCGAGUCAUACAGGCCGCGUGGAGGAAAUACAGACUGACAAAAGAUCUACAACUGUACCAGGAGAGAAACGCAGCUGCCUUAAAGAUUCAGUGUUUGGUCCGAAAGUUCCUCCAGCGUCGCAGAGCUGUGAGACAGAGCCACGCGGCCGCAGUCCUCCAGGCUGCGUGGAGGGGGUAUGUGGCCCGCCGAGAGCUCAGGAGACUAAAACAGGCCCAGCUCAGGCUUCUGCAAACAAGAGCAGCAACUGUUAUCCAGGCUAACUGGAGAAUGUUUUAUGCCAUGAGGUCCUACCAACGCCUCAGGUACCACACCAUUGUCCUCCAGGCACAGUGGAGGAUGCAAAGGGCAGCGUCUGCGUAUAGAACCACUCUCUGGGCAGUGUCUGUGAUCCAAACCUACACCAGAGCUUGGUCUACGGCAAAGAUGGAACGGGAGUCAUUUUUGCGUCUCCGGGCUGCGACAGUAAAGAUCCAAAGAGCCUAUAGACUCUGGAAAACUCGGAAAAUGGAGAGGGAGAACCACGCUGCCAGAGUCAUACAAACCAUCUUCAGGAAGUGGUUUGAGAAAAAAACAUCUCAAAAAGUGGCGGCAGCUGUGAAGAUUCAAGCUUGGUACAGGAUGCAAGUCUGUCUGCACCAAUACAGAAAGAUCAAAGUUAGCGCUGUGCUGAUACAAGCCCAGUACAGAGGUUAUCUACAGCGGCAAUGCUUCCAGAUGCUAAAACGUGAACACUACUCGGCUACCGUCAUUCAAAGCGCAUUCAGGGGCUACCGUGUACGAAAAGAAAUCUCAAAAAUGACCAUGGCAGCUGUUGUAAUCCAGCAACACUUCAGAUCUUUACUCAAAAGAAAUGCCGUUCAACAAGAGUUUCUGAUGAUGAAAAGUGCAGCAAUUACAUUACAAGCAGCGUACCGUGGAAAACUGGUCCGUGACUCUUUGAGAAAACAGCACGACUCUGCAACGGUAAUUCAAGCUGCAUUUAGAAGGUAUACUGUCCAGAAACGCUAUGGUCUCAUGAAGACAUCGGCCAUUUUGAUCCAGCGAAAAUACAGAGCCACACGUACGGCGAAGAAGACGGAGGAUUCUUACCUCGCGCUCAGAAACGCAACACUGAAAAUUCAAGCAACAUGGAGAGGGAGAAUGGUUAGGAAGAAACUGGAUGAGCAGACACGCUCUGCUACCAUCAUACAAGCUUGGUUUCGCAGACAUGUUGCGCAAAAACAAUACAAGUCAACCAAAACAUCAGCGCUCGUAAUCCAGCAACAUUUCAGAGCAUAUAUGGCUCAGAAAAUUGCAAGGAAAGCAUUUUUAGAUACGCGCACAGCCACCAUUUCUUUGCAAGCCGCAUACAGAGGCAUGGUGGUCCGAAAGGAGAUGAAGAAAAUGCACGGAGCAGCCACCGUCAUACAGUCUUACGUUAAAAUGUUCUUGCAACAAAAGAGAUACAAUUUGCUCCAAAGCGCAGCCAUCGUCAUCCAAAGCCGAUACAGGGCCUUGAUUAUCAGCAGAAAAAAACAGAGCGAAUAUAGACGGCUCAAGGAAGCUACGCUAAAAGUCCAGGCUGUUUUUAGAGGAAAUUUGGUGAGGAGAGAUUUAAAACGACAACAUGACGCUGCUACCGUGAUACAAGCUCAUUUCAGAAUGUACCAAAUUCGAAUGGCGUUUCUUGCAACGAAAUGCGCGGCGAUUAUCAUUCAAGAACGAUACAGAGCCAAAAGACUGAGGGACCAACAAGUUGAAAAGUACAGGUCAAUGAAAUCCGCCGCAGUAACUCUCCAAGCAGCAUAUCGUGGGUACAAAACAAGGAAGCACAUUUGUGAAAUGCGAAAAGCUGCUGUCGUUAUACAGAGAGCAUUUCGCGCGUAUCACACUAGGAGCCAAUUUGUGGCCUUGAAGAAAGCGGCUAUAGUUUGCCAAAGAUGGUUUAGAGCUGUAAAAAUGGCCAGAAACCAGCGCUGUGACUAUUUGACGAUGAGAAAAUCUGCCGUUUGCUUGCAGUCCGCAUGGCGAGGGCAUUUGAUCAGAAAGGAUUUGCGUAGAAAGCACACAGCCGCAACUAUUAUCCAAUCUCAUUUCAGAAAAUACAAGCAACAAGCCCGCUACAGCAAGCUCAGAUGGGCCGCCAAGGUGUUGCAAGACCAUUUUAGGGCCAAUCAAAAAAUGAACCAGGAAAGGCUAGCUCUGAAAGUCAAAAGAAACGCCGUUGUCGUCAUACAAGCUGCUUUUCGGGGAAUGCUCGCAAGAAGGUUAAUGAAAAAACGAGAUGAGGCUGCAGUUGUGGUUCAGAGAGCUUUCCAAACCUACAGUCAGCGUAGACGUUUUCUCGCGAUGAAACUGGCUGCGAUUAUAAUCCAAGAGAGGUACAGGGCUUCAGUUGUAGCCAAAAAAGAACGUGCGCGAUAUCUGCAAAUGAGAAAUGCAGCCGUGGUUGUUCAGGCAGUGUACCGAGGGUGUCAAGUUCGAAAGGAGGUAGCCAGUUGGAACCACGCUGCCACUGUUAUCCAAUCAGCUUUCAGGAAACACAGAGAAGAAGCAAAAUUUCAAGCCAUGCGUUUGUCGGCCGUCAUCAUCCAGAGACGUUACCGCUCCUGGCUUCUGAAAAAACAAGACAGAGCACAUUUUAUGAAAACACGACAGUCAGCUAUCGUCAUUCAGAGUUACUUCAGGGGUUUUCAAGUCCGAAAAAACGUCGCCAAAAUGCACCGAGCAGCAACUCUCAUUCAGGCUAAUUUCAAGAGAUACAAGCAACAGUCAAGCUUCAAACUGCAGCGACGGGCAGCUUGUGUCUUGCAGAAAAGAUUUAGAGCUCAAAAGCAAAUGAGAUUGGAUGUGCAGAGCUAUCAGCAGCAAAAGAAAGCCGUCAUUGUGCUGCAGGCUGCGUACAGAGGAUUGAAAGUAAGGCAAAGUAUCAAACACAUGCACCAAGCUGCUGGAGUUGUACAGCAAGCCUACAAAGCUUACUGUCAACGAAAGCAGUAUUUGGCUCUUAAAAACGCAGCACUAACAAUUCAGAAAAGGUAUCGCGCAACAGCAGAAGCCAGGAAGCAAAAGCAUGAGUUUCAGAAAAUGCGAAAGGCUGCAGUGGUCAUCCAAUCUGCGUACAGAGGUCUUAAAGUUAGAAAGGAGGUCGCUCACUUGCACCAGGCUGCUACUGUUAUCCAGUCAGCUUUCAGGAAACAUAAAGAGGAGGUUAAAUACCAAGCGAUGCGUCUCUCAGCCAUCAUCAUCCAAAGACAUUACCGCUCCUGGGUUCUUCAAAAACAAAAGCGAAACCAGUUUUUGAAGUUGAGGCGUUCAGUGGUCAAGAUUCAGGCGAUGUUUAGGGGCCACUGCGCACGGAAAAACAUUGCUAAAAUGCGCAAAGCUGCUACUGUCAUCCAAGCAAACUUCAGAAUGCACAAGCGGAGAGCAGAUUUUAAGAGACGGCAAUGGGCAGCGCGUGUUCUUCAGCAGAGGUAUAGAGCGCGAAAACAAAUGAAACGUGAGCUACAGUGUUAUCAACAACAAAAGAAGGCUUCGGUCGUCAUACAAGCAGCGUACCGUGGAAUGAGAUCGAGGCAACACAUCAAGCAAAUGCAUCGUGCCGCUUGUGUAAUCCAAAGAAGUUACAGAACACAUUGUGAACGCAAGCGGUACCAAGCUCUGAAAAACUCCACAUUGACAAUCCAGAGAAGGUACAGAGCGACCAAAGCAGCAAAGAGACAAAUCCAAUGCUACCAACAGACACGGAGAGCAGUUAUGUUACUGCAAGCAGUUUUCCGAGGACAUCAAGUGAGAAAAGAGCUCGCAAAUCGGAAUAAAGCUGCUACCGUGAUCCAGUCAAAUUUCCGAAGGUACAGAGAAGAAAUGAAAUUCCAGGCGUUACGUUUGGCAGCUGUAAUUAUCCAAAGGCAUUAUCGAGCUUUGGUUUUGCAGCAGCGGCAAAGGUCAAAGUUCAUCCAGUACAAACGAAGUGCCAUCGUCCUCCAAGCAGCGUUCAGAAGCCACCAAGCCCGAAAGAGACUCUCCAGAAUGCACAGAGCGGCAACUGUCAUUCAAGCAAAUUUCAGAAAGCACAAGGAACAGUCAAUCUUCAGAAAACAGCGACGGGCAGCUUGCUUGAUUCAGCAGAAGUUUAGAGCUCAGAGACGUAUGAAAUUUGAAAUGCAAAACUAUCAGAAGCAAAAAGAAGCAGUUGUCGUGCUGCAAGCCGGAUAUCGAGCGAUGAAAGCAAGGCAAAGGGUCAAGAAAAUGCACCAAGCUGCUGGAGUUGUACAGCAAGCAUACAAAGCUUACUGUCAAAGAAAGCAGUAUUUGGCUCUGAAAUCUGCUGUAAUAACUAUUCAGAAAAAAUACCGCGCAACAGUAGCAGCCAACAAGCAAAAGGAACAAUUUCAGAGAAUGCGAAAAGCUGCAAUGAGCAUUCAGGCCACAUACAGAGGAUAUCAAGUCAGGAAGGAAGUGUCCAAUUGGCACAAAGCAGCUAUAGUUAUCCAAUCAGCUUUUAGAAGACACAAAAAUGAAGUUUCGUACAAAGCUGUGCGUCUGUCAGCUAUCAUCAUCCAAAGAUACUACCGCUCCUGGGUCCUACAAAGAAAAGAUCGAAGCUCGUUUCUCAAAAUCAAACACGCCACAGUUGUCAUUCAGGCUGCGUACAGAGGUUGGAGAAUCAGAAAAAAUCUUGCUCGCAAAAAUGAAGCUGCAGUUGCCAUCCAGUCUCAGUGGAGGUGCUACGUCCAGAGAAAACGCUUCCAGAAGACAAAAGAGGCAGUCUUGAAGCUGCAGAGCCGACUUCGGGCAGUGCAGAUGGGCAGAAGACAACGCGAUGACUACAGCAGAUGGAAGCGGGCGGCCGUCGCACUUCAGAAGCACUGGAGGAGCUGGAUCAUAAGAAAACAGGAGCUGGAGGCUGCACAGGCUGAGAGGAGACUGCGUUUUACUGCUGCGGUUUUCCACCAUCUCCAGGCCAUAAAGAUCCAGAGAGCUCUGAGAGUCCACUGGGCCCUGGUCUCUGCUAAGAAACAGAUCUACUCUGUCAUCACCAUCCAGCGUUGGGUAAGAGUCUGGAUUCAGAGGAGACGUUACCAUGACGACAGGAGGAAGGUGGUCCUAGUUCAGAGAGUGGUGAAGCGCUGGUUCGAUCGGCGUCAAAAAGCUGCCUGUGUCCUCCAGCAGGCCGCUCGUAAGCUCCUCUUCCUCAGACGCCAAAAGAGGGUUCACCAAGGCAUCGUCAAAGCUCAGGCUCUUUGGAGAGGAUACCGCUCCCGCUGUCUGAACGAUAACGCCAAAGUGGUGAAGCUGAGGCAGCGUCUAAGAAAAGUGACUGCAGAUGCCAGAGAAGAGGACAAGCUCUGCAAUAAAACCUCCACCGCCCUGGACUACCUGCUACGAUACAAGCACUUCUCCUACAUACUGGAGGCCCUGAAGAAUCUGGAGACAGCCACCAGGCUGUCCCCCGAGUGCUGUGAGCGCCUGGUGGAGAGCGGAGCCACAAACGUCAUCUUCACUCUGAUUCGCUGCUGCAACAGGAGCGUCCCCUGUAUGGAAGUCAUCACUUACUCCAUCCAGAUCCUGCUCAAUUUAUCCAAGUACCAUAAGACCAUAGAGGCGGUGUACAGUGUGGAGAGCUCGGUGGAGACUCUGCUCGACCUGCUGCAAAGAUACAGAGAGAAGGCCGGGGACAAAGUGGCUGAAAAAGGAGGCAGCAUCUUCACCAAAGCCUGUUUCCUCCUGGCUCUGCUCCUACAGGACAAACACCGCGCUCUGGAGGUGAUGAAAAUGCCCAAAGCCGUUGACAGGCUUCAGAGCAUCUACAGACUCACAGCUCGCAAACACAAGAUGGACGCCGAAAGAACCGUCACGAAGCAAAAGAUGAACGCAUCCAUAAACGGAAGCUUUUUCAUUCAAGCCACGCCACGCAAGACUCGGCCCGCACCAAAGUUUGCACCGGAGUGGGUUCUCAGAAAAGACAAACUCAAAGACGUGGUGGAUCCUCUGAGGGCCAUUCAGAUGGUGGCAGAGACAUUGUCCAUUGUUUUGUAAAUAUACAUUUUUAGACGCAAAUCGUCUCCUUUUUAAGAGAGAAACGUGUGUACUGUUGUUUAACUGUGUAUAUAGAAUGUUUUACAUGUACAGAAUAAAACCAGUUCCGUUUUUUAA